CGGAUUUCUCUACUAAUCUCCUUCUCUUUCCUCGCGUCUUCGUGGUUUUAUCAUUUUUCCCUCACUAUAAAUACAAUCUCUUAAUCCCACUUCCUCUCCCAUCCAUUGAAUACCCUUUUCCCCUUCUCAAACCCCCCAAAAAUGGCUUCUCUUUCAUGUUCAUCACUGCCAUUGCUAGCGUUCUUCUUGCUAUUGGCUUCUUCAGCCUUUGCAGGGUCGACUUUGGAAGGACUUCUAGCAAAUGGGAACUUUGAGGAACCACCAUUAAAAACCAACUUAAAGAAAACAGUCAUAGUAGGCAAAGACUCUCUGCCAAGCUGGGAGAUCAAUGGCUUUGUUGAGUACAUCUCAGGUGGCCCUCAACCCGGCGGAAUGUUCUUCCCCGUUGCUCACGGCGUCCAUGCCGUAAGGCUCGGCAACGAAGCAUCGAUAUCUCAGAUCAUAAAAGUGAAAAAAGGGUCUCUUUAUGCUCUAACUUUUGGAGCUUCAAGAACAUGUGCACAAGAUGAAGUCUUGUCUGUGUUAGUACCUCCCCAGAAUGGAAGUUUGCCUCUGCAGACUCUUUACAGCAGCGAUGGAGGCGAUGUUUACGCUUUCGGAUUUGUAGCUUCGUCGGAUUCUGUUAAGGUUACGUUCCACAAUCCCGGAGUUCAGGAAGAUCCCGCUUGUGGACCUCUGUUGGACGCCGUUGCCAUCAAAGAGCUUAUUCGUCCAGUCCCAACAAGAGGUAAACAUGCUCGUCUGUCUUUUCGAGAUCUAAAAACUCAG